UAGAGAACCGCUGACUAGGCUAAUAGCUGUGGGUGAGAAAAGAGGCUUGGAGAAAUUGUGUGUUGCCUAAUUAACAAAACCAAUUAGUAGCUGAACCAACACAGAAGGCCAGGUUUGUCCUCUCACUUCCUAACUUGAGGACAGAGAAAUGUAUUCUGAUGUCCCUAACUGGCAGUCUGCUAUGGUAGUGACCACAUGCCCCAGUUUCUUUCUUGGGAUUUCAUCCCAGCCUGACAACCUUGGGACAGAACAAGAGGACAGGCGGUGUCGUUCCAGACUCUCAGCGUUCUCAUCUCUCUUCCUUCACCAUGAAGCUGAUGGACAAAUUCCACUCACCCAAAAUCAAGAGAACGCCAUCAAAGAAGGGAAAACCAGCUGAGGUGUCCGUAAAGAUUCCAGAGAAGCCUGUGAACAAAGAGGCAACAGACAGAUUUCUACCAGAGGGCUACCCUCUCCCCUUGGAUCUGGAGCAGCAGGCAGUAGAAUUUAUGUCCACCAGUGCUGUGGCUUCCAGGUCUCAAAGGCAGAAGAACCUGAGCUGGCUGGAGGAGAAAGAGAAGGAAGUUGUCAGUGCCCUGCGCUACUUUAAGACCAUUGUGGACAAAAUGGCAAUUGAUAAGAAGGUACUGGAGAUGCUUCCAGGGUCAGCCAGCAAGGUGCUGGAGGCCAUCUUACCCCUGGUGCAAAACGAUCCUCGAAUUCAGCACAGCUCAGCCCUCUCUUCCUGCUAUAGCCGAGUGUACCAAAGUCUCGCCAACCUCAUUCGCUGGUCUGACCAAGUGAUGCUGGAAGGUGUGAACUCAGAAGACAAGGAGAUGGUGACGACUGUGAAGGGGGUCAUCAAGGCCGUGCUGGAUGGAGUGAAGGAGCUGGUCAGGCUCACCGUCGAGAAGCAGGGACGUCCGUCUCCAACGAGCCCCGUGAAGCCCAGUUCCCCUGCUGGCAAGCCUGAUGGCCCAGCAGAGCUCCCCCUGACAGACUGCGAGGUAGAAAUCCUAAACAAGACGACCGGGAUGUCACAGUCAACUGAGCUCCUCCCAGACGCCACAGAUGAAGAGGUCGCGCCCCCCAAGCCCCCUCUGCCUGGCAUUCGGGUGGUUGAUAAUAGUCCUCCACCAGCGUUGCCACCCAAGAAAAGACAGUCAGCACCGUCCCCUACCCGAGUGGCUGUGGUGGCCCCCAUGAGCCGAGCCACCAGUGGCUCCAGUUUGCCUGUUGGAAUCAAUAGGCAGGAUUUUGACGUUGACUGUUAUGCACAGAGGCGACUGUCAGGAGGCAGCCACUCAUAUGGUGGAGAGUCGCCCCGCCUCUCCCCCUGCAGCAGCAUAGGCAAGCUCAGCAAGUCAGACGAGCAGCUGUCCUCUCUGGACAGGGACAGUGGGCAGUGCUCCCGGAACACAAGCUGUGAAACACUAGACCACUAUGAUCCCGACUAUGAAUUCCUCCAGCAAGACCUCUCUAACGCAGACCAGAUACCUCAGCAGACGGCCUGGAACCUUAGCCCGUUGCCAGAGUCUUUGGGGGAGUCUGGGUCUCCAUUUGUUGGCCAUCCUUUCCAGCUGCCUCUUGGCAGCCAUCCCCAGCCAGACGGACCUCUGGCCUCAGGGCAGCAGACAGAUACGCCGCCUGCUCUCCCCGAGAAGAAGCGCAGGAGUGCAGCCUCCCAGACGGCGGACAGCUCUGGCUGCAGGGUGUCCUACGAGCGGCAUCCCUCGCAGUACGACAACGUCUCUGGGGAGGACCUGCAAAGCACAGCCCCAAUCCAGUCCGUCCCCUACGCGCCCUUUGCUGCUAUUCUCCCCUUUCAGCAUGGAGGUUCCUCAGCUCCUGUCGAAUUUGUGGGUGAUUUUACUGCUCCUGAAUCAACGGGUGACCCAGAAGAACCACCUCCUCUACCAGAGAAGAAAAACAAACACAUGCUGGCCUACAUGCAGCUGCUGGAGGACUACUCGGAGCCGCAGCCCUCCAUGUUCUACCAGACGCCGCAGAACGAGCACAUCUACCAGCAGAAGAACAAGCUCCUCAUGGAGGUAUACGGCUUCAGUGACUCCUUCAGCGGAGUGGACUCCGUGCAGGAGCUGGCCCCGCCACCCGCCCUACCCCCCAAGCAGCGGCAGCUGGAACCACCGGCUGGGAAAGACGGACAUCCCAGAGACCCCUCAGCGGUCAGCAGCGUCCCUGGGAAGGACAGCAGAGACAGCAGUGAGAGGGCCCCAAAGUCACCAGAUGCUCUGGAGUCUGCUCAGUCGGAGGAGGAAGUGGACGAGCUGUCCCUCAUCGACCACAGCGAAAUUAUGUCCAGGCUGACGCUCAAGCAGGAGGGUGAUGACGGGCCGGAUGUCCGUGGAGGAUCUGGGGACAUCUUAUUGGUCCAUGCUACUGAGACUGACAGGAAAGAUUUGGUGUUGUACUGCGAGGCCUUCCUGACCACCUACAGGACCUUCAUCUCCCCAGAGGAGCUCAUCAAGAAGCUGCAGUACAGAUACGAGAAAUUCUCUCCCUUUGCCGACACAUUCAAGAAGCGCGUCAGCAAGAACACAUUCUUCGUGCUGGUGCGGGUGGUGGAUGAGCUUUGCCUGGUGGAAUUGACAGAAGAGAUCCUGAAGCUGCUGAUGGAACUGGUCUUCCGUCUGGUGUGCAACGGGGAGCUGAGCCUGGCCCGUGUGCUCCGGAAGAACAUCCUGGACAAGGUGGACCAGAAGAAGCUGCUCAGGUGUGCCACCUCUGGCCAGCCCCUGGCGGCCCGGGGGGUAGCAGCCAGGCCGGGGACCUUGCACGACUUUCACAGUCAUGAGAUCGCGGAGCAGCUAACUCUGCUGGAUGCUGAGCUCUUCUAUAAAAUAGAGAUUCCUGAGGUUUUGCUUUGGGCAAAAGAACAGAAUGAGGAAAAGAGCCCCAACUUGACCCAGUUCACGGAGCACUUCAACAACAUGUCCUACUGGGUCCGGUCCAUAAUCAUGUUACAGGAAAAGGCCCAGGACAGGGAACGGCUGCUCUUAAAGUUCAUCAAGAUCAUGAAGCACUUGCGGAAGCUGAAUAACUUCAACUCCUACUUGGCCAUCCUCUCUGCCCUGGACUCAGCGCCCAUCCGCAGGCUGGAGUGGCAGAAGCAGACCUCAGAGGGCCUGGCCGAGUACUGCACGCUGAUUGACAGCUCGUCCUCCUUCCGAGCCUACCGGGCCGCCCUCUCAGAGGUGGAACCGCCGUGCAUCCCGUACCUGGGGCUGAUCCUGCAGGACCUGACCUUCGUUCACCUGGGAAACCCAGACUACAUCGACGGGAAAGUGAACUUCUCCAAGCGGUGGCAGCAGUUCAACAUCCUCGACAGCAUGCGGUGCUUCCAGCAGGCGCACUAUGACAUCCGGAGGAACGACGACAUUAUAAACUUCUUCAAUGACUUCAGUGACCACCUGGCUGAGGAGGCCCUAUGGGAACUGUCUCUGAAAAUUAAACCCAGGAACAUAACAAGGAGAAAAACAGACCGGGAAGAGAAGACCUAGGAGCAGCCACCGGGAUCGAGGAGAAUGCUCGAGGGGCGUGGAGGGCAGCUCCCAGACCGGAGAGGACCUUGGACCUGUUAGGCGCAUGGCAGGAGUCCCGGCCUCGGAGCCACGAGGCUGGCCGGGCCUUAGCGGGGCCGGGCGGGAGCUGGAGCCUGCCUGCCGCUUCCUGCCUCCCUCCUCUGUGGGAGCAGACCCGUGGGCCUCAGUGCAGCCAGCAGGCAGGUCUUGUUGCCAAUUUGCAAACCGGUGGUUUUCUGGUUUGGUUUUGUUUUCUGCUUUUACUUCCAUCUCUCCCCUCUUGCCCUUCCACCCACUCCCCUCCAGGGAGACAGCAGUAGAGACCUCAUCAGCAGACCAAGGAAGUGGCGGGUGCUCCCCUUCCCUGAGCUCCAGGGUCCCUGAAUCUUCUGAAAUGGAAAAUGAGGGGAGGCCUUCUGGGGUGGGCUGUCCUCCAGGGGCCCUGGAAUGGGGGCGAGCAGCUGGGUGGGCAGAACACAGAGUAGACUGGGAGGAGGUCCUUUCACUUCUCGCUUCCGCUUCUGUUGCAUGGAGGAUGGUGUGAGCUUUGCAGCAGGCCCGGAAAGGUACGCAAGUGACGCCUUAGCAGCCCCGCAACCGGUGCUCUGCACUGCGGUACUGGCGCCAUCAGGGCCUCCCUCGCCCGCCUGAGAGCAGCAGCAGUGUCUGUCAUCCCGUCACCCCUUACCCCCCACCCCAGGCCACUGGGCCCCUCCCACACCACCUGGGGAGCUGAGCAGAGGAGGCUGGAGUAAGGGAGGACUUGAUCAUCCAAGAAGUACUUUUUAUUGCUGGGAGUCUUCUGAACCUCACCAAACUGAGGCCAGAGCUGAGCUCCUGGGGGAGUUAGUUCAGAGGGGAGAGACCCGCACCUCCCUCCUCCAUCGCUCGCUGUGUGCCUUAAACUCCAUCUCCUGUCCCUCCCCAUCCCCUGGCUUUCCCUCCCUCCUUGCCCUAUCCUGGGCCGGCCAGCAGGGCUCCUCCUCUGGCUCUUCAGACCUUUCAGCCAGUGCUGUCAGUGCCCCUGGGAGGGAAGGGCAUCCCUGAGGCACCCGAAUGGGCCGUCGGGGUGCAGGGAGGCAGAGGCCUGGCCGCGGAGGAGCCUCGUAAGGUAGCAGCUGCAGCAGGUGCGCCCUCUCCCUACUCUCCCCACAGCAGAGCGGCUUCCAGAGCAGAUGCUCUUUCCAUCCUCCUCGUCAAAACCGUUCUCGCUGCUGAGCUUGGCAAUCUGGGCAAGGCUUGUGGGGCGCUUGGCAAACAGAACCUGCCCUGUGCCACCCGGCUCUGUGGCCUCCAUCCAGCAUGAGCCUGCAGGCAGGGCACUGCGGGAACCCAGUCGUGCUGCCCCAGCCCAUGCCUCCGGGUCAUGUGAGUGCUCACUUGUCCCAGGUUUAGGACGUGGUCAAGUGAACAGCAGGGUCUAACUAUGCUUACUUAGCCCAGUUCAAACAGAACAAAGGCAAAACGUAGAAAGCAACAUCUGUUGAUCAUUUAGGUUUUUUUAAAACAACCAUGUCACUUUGAGUCCUUCAUGGGUUUUUGAACAGCAUUUAUCAAGAAGAAAAUGUGGGUUUUUUCCCCUCUCCCAUGUUUUGUUUGUCCUGUAGAUAGAGGGAGGAAAGCCGUGCAGUGGCAGGCGGGACCCCCUCUGGCGGCGGGCCCCCUCUGGCGGUGGUCCUGCAGGGCCAGCCGGGACCUGUCACUUUAUUAUUUAAGGAGUGUGUGUGUAGAGUCGCUGGCUUAUUAACAGUAUUGUGUGUGGGUUGGGUUUUUAGUUUGUUCCUUCUUUUUGAAGUCCCUUCAUUUCAAUCCUUGCCUCUCCCCUUCCCUUGCCCAGCUCUGUUGAAUGCUGCUGUGCGCGUGUGAGGGCCUCUCUGCACACAGGGCCCUUGGGUUUGUGCGAACUGAAAUUCUCCCUGUAUUUGUGAGACUCGUAGGAGUCCCCCUCUGUAGCACAGGCAAUGCCAGUGCCAUGCUGUAGCCUCAGAAACCAGGCCUCUCCACCCAGCAGCAGGCGGAACCGUGUCUGUGGUCGGGUGCUGUCCACAGCUCUGUCUGCUUUGUUCUUGGGCUUGAGCCGGGUGGAGGUGGGGUCUCUUCACCUUCCCUGAAUUCAGAACAGACCCUGUGCCUGGCCCCAGUGUGCCCAAGCAACUCCCCAGGCCCUUGUUGGGAGCCCUUGGUGGUCUGAGCAGCGGGGCCCAGGCAGCACAUGAGCAGUGCCCGGGACUCCCUGCGUGAGGACGGCAAGGUGCGAUGUAUGUCUCACUUACUGAUGGCAGGCGUGCCCCUGCGCCCCCUGCUCCUGGCACUGGUUAUUGCUGAGCUCUGUGCUCAGUGCUGCGGCCUGGCCAUGGCUCAUCUGUUCCUUUUUGGGGGCCGGGCGGGUUGUGGGAAUCCAUCUUCACAGACAGAUAGGAGCCAGGCGGAGGACUCGUUCCUUGCAGAGGUCAGUCCUCACCUGCAGGUGUCGGGGGUGGCAAGGAGGGGCAGGCACACACCAUGUCUGACCUAAACCCGAUUCUGGGGAGCAUCUCCCGCUCCAGCCCCACAACCUCCACAAGGUUACAUUGUAAUAUAUAUGCCCCAGCUAACCUGUCUGAUGGUGGCAUCUUCCUGCAGACAUUUCAAACAUGUAACUUUUAUAUGAAAAAAAUAAACACAGACGAAAGCUGCCGAAUG